ACAGUUGAGAACGGCGUUCAUGUUGCGCGGACGCACGCACGGUGUGAUUUUGAACACAGUGUUGUAAAUUUUUUUUUUAAACAACAUGGAAUGGUAUAUUACGGAAUCAGGGAAAUACCGAGUAGAGUCCCUGUCAGCUGAAACAUUUCCUGGUGCAUUAAAAGUAAUACAGGAAGCAUUCUGCCAAGACGAAGCGGUGUCAAUAGGAGCUGAAGUCAACAAAGAUCCAGCGGCGCAGGAGGAGUUGUUAGAAUUAUGUGCAGAUGCUGCUCUAGAUGGCGUAUCGCUAGUAGCAAUAGAAGUUAGUAGUGGAGAGGUUGUGGCUGUUGCUUUUAAUAAACUACAGGUUCAGUCUUUUGACUCUGCCGAUAAAACGUUUUUCGAGGUAUUUGUAGAAGAGCGAUGUAACCGGCCUUCGUCUAAGUCGCUUAUACAGUUCAUGAGCAACGUCGAUGCCAGAUGCAAUUUAUUUGAAAAAUACCAGACAGAUUGUAGCUUAGAGAUAAUGUUUCUCGCUACCCUCCGAGCACACAGAGGCCAGAACCUUGGAACAAUUCUUUGCAAACUAUCAGUUGAUCUGGCAAGAAAACUAAAAAACGGUCCCGUUUCGAAAUUAACGUUAAAAGAUUUGGGGUCUAAAUACUCUCACAUGAAACCACGUGAAGUAACAAAUAAAGUACCAAAAAUUUGUCAAGCUAUAUGGACGGGAGAAUUCACGCAAAGAAUCGGAGCGAAGUUAGGGUUCAACGUCGAAGUGAAAGCCUUAAUGAGCGAGUUCAACCAUAAUGAGAAAACGUACGCCGAUAGACUAGGUGAUCAGGCUGCUCAUUCGGAAGUUGUAUCCUUAGUUUUAGAUUAGAUGUUUUAUAGGAAAAUCUUGAACUUAAAACUUUAAGUCUUUGUAGCCUUUUGGUACAGUCAACGUUAAAGGUGACACACUAGAGAUGCCCCGAAUAGUGGUUUUGGCCUAUCCUAAGCCAAUCGUGCUGUCUAACGCGCGCUAAUUUCGACAAAUCGCGCGCGUGAUGCGAACUCAUCAACCAAUCGCGUUGUAGCUGUGGCACACCAAUGUACUGGCCCCUUUCUUAUUGCCCAUGAUUGCCCGUAAGUCCCGUCCUUAGAUAUAAUACGUCAAUGAGUCCAGCACAUGAACUUGAAUACUUAUAUAAAGUCAGCAUCAACGCGCUUAUACCUCCUAAUCAAAACUCAGUAAAAGCAUGUGUGGCCUUUACCUUGUCGACGACUGCAAGACUGCAACUGAUAAGCGCCGUGACAGAAGCCCAACAAUCAACCACGUUUACAAAAGCCAUUACCGUACCGACAUGCAAAUGAAAACAAUUGUUCAGCAACAACCGGGACAAUGCAAUAAUCGGUAGGUAGCCAAAGUCGCUGUCCAAUACGAAUCAAUUAACAAGAACCAAUUUGGAAGUUGGGCGAUGCAAUUAGUUCUGCCUUCUAAUUGGCAAAACCUUUUGUCUCGAUGUCAAUCUUGAUUCUGGUUUAACUUGGCCUUCAGAUCUUUUUAAGCUUGGUGAUAUAGUAGACCAUUUUCUUUGAAUGAUGCGUGAGGUGAGAAUUAAGAAUAAGAGCGGUGCCGGGCGUUUGAAGACCGUUCUACCUAAUAAUAUUGACGGAUAACGCCAACCGAACAAGGUAAAACAGUGGUGUGUAAUGUUUACUUUUAAGUGUUUAAUUAGCAGACUUUGUAUUAAUAAAAAAACAAAUAAAAAAAUCUCAUGAAUUCACUUCUAGUAGGUACUGCCAGCGAACCUUAAGGGGCUCCCCUCGGGUUUCAUCGAUUUUUGACAAGUUUUGUGCCGUUAUUCCUACAUUUGCACUUCAGAUAGAAUUAUAAGACAAACGGCUAUCGGUUUUUCAAUCUUUUAUCUCCAUUCUGGUCAGCCGGAUUUAGAAAGAAUUGAAUAAUAAUAUUUUUAUGAUUUUUUUAAACUGUCUAAAAAAACACUUUUUUCGAUACUCGAUUGCUGUGGAGGAUCUUACACAAAUAUACGAAAUCUACAUAUUUGGGUUCGUCUUUGACGUCUCUUAAAACUGGUCAGAGAUUUUUGUUUAAAAUAUUUAACACAACAGUUAUGGCCAGAAAACCAGUUUUUUGGCCUAAAAUUGUUCAACUUUGAUGCCAAAUAUCUCGAAGACAAUGAACUUUGAAGUAAGUAAAUAUGGGAUACUAUAUUGCUUAAUGCCGUUGCUGUUAAUAUGAUAAAAUACAAAAAUAUUAGAAAACUAAGGGGAAGGGAUUCAGAUCGAAGGUCAUUGGCGCCAGGGAGCCCCUAAGAUGCAUGUCUUAGAUGUCAUCUUCUUGUCAUUUUAGCCGUCAUGUCAUUCAUGAUUUAAAUCUGAUUCCAUAGGUAGAAAUUAUAGCAGCCCUUUUAAUAUUUGGUGAAGGUUAACCGAAAUAAAUGUCAUAUACGAAGAAAAAAAUGACCAAAGACUCCAGUGUCCAGAGCUGGAACCGAACCAGCGUCCCCCGUUUAGUGUGUCUACUUGAAAAAACACAAAUUAAAAUAUUUUCAUAGAAAAAUACUUUAAGUAAUUUGUUCUUAGAGUAUUUGGUGAAGGUUAUUAAAUUUCCAAAACGUUCAGCACAGUAACAUAAACCAGUAACAUCUCCACAUAAAAACUAUGUCAUGAACACUAACGCGAUUACUAGGAUAAAAAAAUCUCUUAUUUCAUACUCCGAUGACUCAGAAAAUUAGGUACAUAUUGAAGAAUAAAUACGAUUUCCUUUCAAUUUAUUGGUAAAGUAGUUAUAGGUUAUGUAAUAAUAUCACAACCUGGAGUAAGUAUAUAAGUUUAGCUUAAUAUUAUAUAUAUUUAUUGGCCAAUUAUUAAAGUAAGUAUCUCAUUUAAAUAGUUUAUGAUUUUCCCUCACUGCGCCAUUUGCUUGUCUCUAACAUGAACCUAGGAAUGAUGUUUAUUAUAACACAAGAAAAAUUAAAUGUAUAAAAUUAAAUAUACCCUUUACCUACGGGGACUUUGAACAACCAGUCACCGCUCAAUACGGGCAUGUAUUGGCGAGAGUCAGCGGUUUGACAUAAUUUCACUUACUUGUAACUUUUGAAGUACUACGGCUGCGGCUACGUGCUUGAAAUUUCACACACACAUUAAGUAU